CCGCCCCCCAGCGUUCAGUUCAGCCGGCUGCUGGGAGCUGGUCCUCCGGCAGCAUGUCGUCCGUGGGGACUCUGGCGUUUGAUGAAUAUGGCCGUCCUUUUCUCAUCAUCAAAGAUCAGGACCGCAAGUCUCGCCUUAUGGGGCUCGAGGCCCUGAAGUCUCACAUAAUGGCAGCAAAGGCAGUAGCAAACACAAUGAGAACAUCACUUGGCCCCAAUGGUUUGGAUAAAAUGAUGGUGGAUAAAGACGGUGACGUGACUGUGACCAACGACGGAGCCACCAUUUUAAGUAUGAUGGAUGUGGACCAUCAGAUUGCUAAGCUGAUGGUGGAACUCUCCAAAUCCCAGGACGAUGAGAUCGGGGAUGGAACUACGGGAGUAGUUGUUCUGGCUGGGGCUUUGCUGGAAGAAGCUGAGCAGUUAUUAGAUCGCGGCAUUCACCCCAUCAGAAUCGCAGACGGUUAUGAACAGGCCGCCCGCAUUGCCAUUGAACACCUGGACCAGAUCAGUGACAGUUUUCCAGUUGACGUUAACAACACGGAACCCCUCAUUCAGACUGCCAAAACCACCCUUGGUUCCAAAGUAAUCAAUAGCUGUCAUCGGCAAAUGGCAGAAAUUGCUGUGAAUGCUGUUCUGACAGUAGCAGAUUUAGAGCGCCGAGAUGUUGAUUUUGAACUCAUCAAAGUAGAAGGUAAAGUGGGAGGCCGUCUUGAGGACACUCAGCUUAUCAAGGGAGUGAUUGUGGAUAAGGAUUUUAGCCAUCCACAGAUGCCUAAAGAAGUGAAAAAUGCUAAAAUUGCCAUCCUCACCUGCCCAUUUGAGCCCCCGAAACCUAAAACAAAGCAUAAGCUUGACGUGACAUCUGUGGAAGAUUACAAAGCCCUACAGAAAUAUGAGAAAGAGAAGUUUGAAGAGAUGAUUAAGCAGAUAAAAGAUACCGGUGCUAACCUAGCUAUUUGCCAGUGGGGCUUUGAUGAUGAAGCAAAUCAUUUACUCCUUCAGAAUGAAUUGCCUGCAGUUCGUUGGGUAGGAGGACCUGAAAUUGAACUGAUCGCCAUUGCAACUGGCGGGCGCAUUGUUCCACGGUUCUCAGAACUUACAGCCGAAAAGCUGGGUUUUGCUGGCAUUGUAAAGGAGAUCUCGUUUGGGACCACAAAAGAUAAAAUGCUUGUUAUCGAGCAGUGCAAAAACUCCAGAGCAGUGACCAUCUUCAUAAGAGGAGGAAAUAAGAUGAUCAUUGAGGAAGCAAAACGAUCCCUCCACGAUGCACUGUGUGUGAUCCGGAACCUAGUUCGUGAUAAUCGCAUUGUGUACGGAGGUGGGGCCGCAGAGAUAUCCUGUGCUUUAGCCGUUGGUGAAAAGGCGGAUAAGUGUCCAUCUUUGGAGCAGUAUGCUAUGAGAGCAUUUGCCGAUGCAUUAGAAGUCAUCCCUAUGGCCCUCUCUGAAAACAGUGGUAUGAACCCCAUCCAGACAAUGACUGAAGUUCGGGCUAGACAAGUGAAAGAGAAGAACCCCGCUCUUGGGAUUGACUGCUUACACAAGGGAACCAAUGACAUGAAGCACCAACACGUCAUUGAAACCUUGAUUGGCAAAAAGCAACAGAUUUCUCUUGCUACGCAAAUGGUUAGAAUGAUUCUGAAGAUCGACGAUAUCCGUAAACCAGGAGAAUCUGAAGAAUGAAGUAACAUGGAAUAAAAAUGUUGUAGUGAAGCCACAUCCAUGACUAAUUAGAAGGAUGCCUGUGUUACAUCUACAGCUAUUUAUUUCUGUUUUUUUUUUUCAUUUUUACAGCACCUGUAAGUUCCAGAUGCUGAAGUCAAUAAAAUCACUCUUUAGUUAUCAGU